CAUUUGUCUCACUUGUCCACUUAUACUCGCACACACACUCAUCUCACACACCAUAUAAAUAGAUCAAAACAUGUGGACAAGUAUAACUCCUGUUCUUUGCCUGCAUAGUUCACUUUUAGUAUGGCAUUGGUUAUAGCUGUGUUAUCUAUUUUCAGAAUGCAGAAAUUAGCUCAGGAACAAAAUGAAAAGAUUGAAAAAGUUAAUCGUGAAAGGAAAUAUCAUCAGCAAAAUACUGCAUAUGAGCUUAAUGCUUUGUCAAUGCAAUGGAAGGAGCUCUGUCAGAAAAAUAUAGGCAUCAGUGCUGCGUGUGCUUCUGUUGAAAUUUGCCUACAUGAACUGAGAAGAGAAGCUGCAGAAAGAGGCUGGAACUUGGAUGCUAUCACUGAAAAUGGCCAAUUAAAUCAUUCCGAGUCAUGAGAUUCUUAUGUGCUUACGUAGUUUUGUACCCGUAGUUCUGACUUUAAUUGCUAUUCUAUAUAUUAAAUAAUAUUUAGUUUAUUAUAUCAUGAAAGUGUUUCCCAUUUGCGCACCAAAGAUAAACUUGAAAGAAAAAAGUGACUUGGUUAUUUUGGUUUACUUAUAUACCAUUUAUAUAUAUAUUUUAUA